CUGCGGAUUCUAAGCGCAGUUAACUAGGCCGGCAUCUGGAUUGAAUUGUGAAUACCAUAAAAGGGGGUGGAUGAUGCCAAUGCGUCCCCUUCAUGGGCACGCACAGGUGUGCACUCCCCAACAAAUCGCUAGUCCCCUCCCCGGCGACCACAUCUCCUUCCUCCUCCCAUAUUAAGCCCAGCCGAGACGCGCCCCCAGAUGCAAACAUCCUCACAAACAUCUUAUCUCCCGAGGCCGGAGAAUUGGGAUUCCCCUCCUCCUCCGUCCUUGUGCUUCUUCGCCGGCGCGCCGGGGCCAUGGCUAGGAAGUGCUCUAGCUGUGGCAACAAUGGCCACAACUCGAGGACCUGCAGCGGGCACGGCGGCAGGGUCUCGGAGCACGCCGCCGGCGGCGCCGGGGUGAGGCUGUUCGGGGUGCAGCUGCACGCGGGGCCCUCGUCGUCUCCCUUGAAGAAGUGCUUCAGCAUGGAGUGCCUCUCGUCCGCGGCGCCCCCGCCGGCGUACUUCGCGGCCGCCCUCGCCGCCAGCAGCUCCUCGCCGUCCGUGUCGCCGGCGUCGUCGCUCGUCUCGGUGGAGGAGAACGCCGACAAGGUGAACAGCGGGUACCUCUCGGACGGGCUCAUGGGCAGGGCGCAGGAGAGGAAGAAGGGGGUUCCAUGGACGGAGGAUGAGCACCGGAGGUUCCUAGCAGGGCUGGAGAAGCUCGGCAAGGGCGACUGGCGAGGCAUCUCCCGGCACUUCGUGACGACGCGGACGCCGACGCAGGUGGCCAGCCACGCCCAGAAGUACUUCCUCCGGCAGAGCAGCCUCGCGCACAAGAAGCGGAGGUCCAGCCUCUUCGACGUGGUCGAGAACGCCGGCGGCAGGGCGGCGAGGUUGGAGCCGGACGCGGAGCUCCCGGCUCUGUCCCUCGGUCUCAGCAGGCCGGCGAAGCCCGAGCGCGUCCUCCUGCCUCCGAGCCUAUCGUCCCUGCUGCCGCGGUGCUCGGCAGCAACGAGCAGCGGCAGCACGUCGCCCGGCGGAAUCACGGCGCCGAAGCACAAGCACUCUUCGUCGUCCCUGACGCCGGUGUCGAAGCCUCAUCAGGCGCCGGACCUGGAGCUGAAGAUCUCGACCGCCGACCACCAGGCUGGCUCGUCGCCGAAGACGCCCUUCUUCGGGACCAUCAGGGUCACAUAACCGGAAAGACGAGAUCGACGACGAUCGGUACGGCGGGAACAUCCAUCCGUUGCUAGAAGAUCGAGCUUGUGCUGAUCCGGAGAAGAUGAAGAAAGGGAGGGGGAGCAGGGAAAGGAUCGGAGGAAGCUUUUGGUAGUGGUGUAUGUGUGUGUCGCCGGCGACACGAUGCCGCCGCCGGCGUCCGCGCGUCCGUCCUGUCCCGUUGAUGUACUAUCAUCAGAAGAUGAAACUUUACUGGCCUAAUUUUAGACGUGCAAAUAAAGAAGGGCUGCUGCCUUGUUGUCUUUUGGCCU